AUGUCCCGAAUUGAAUUCUUCGUCACCAAUGUUGAGGUUGACAUUGGCAGCGCUUCCUUUCAUAUACCCAUCAAAAAUAUCCGAUUUAUUGUGAACAUUGAUAUCAUUGAGCGACGCACCCAAAACAAUAUUGGCAUGUCAGAUCCAGAAAUCGUCUAUAAUGGUACAAGGUUUAUUUGUAAAAAAUUCACAAGAACUUUUGUAGAAGCUGGGAUUGCUGUUGGUGAUAGACCAGAUCGCAUUGUUGUGAUUCCCAGCAUAUCAAUAACUUCAGAUAAUGCCAACGUACCAUUUACCCUCCUUCGACGUCAAUUUUCUGUCCAACCUGCAUUUGGAAUGAACAUCAACAAAUGGCAAAGUCAAACUCUUUCCUUCACUACUAUUUGUCUCCUUACACCCGUUUUCACGAACGGUCAAUUUUAUGUUGCUUUGUCUCGGUUACGUGAUUCUGCUAAUCUUAAGAUAAUGUUAUUGAAUGAGCCGCCAUAA